UCUCAUCUACAUGCUCCUUCUUGGCUGCAUCAUGAUGGACAGCAAGGUGCUGGGACAACCGCUAGUUCCCACUCCAAAAAUAUGAUGUAUAGGGAACCCAGCUGCCAUGCCAGGGCAGUUACACUGGGUGGCAGUUACACUGUGGGUGAACCCAGGACUGGAACAGCUGGAGGUGCUGCAAAGCAGUAAUGAGGAAUGGCGAGACUUCACAGUGCAGUUAUGUGAUGCUGCCCAGCAGCAGAUGACGGAGAGCCAUGUCCAUUUCUUCACUGACCUCUCUGCGGCAGAGAAGGCUUUCGUCCUUCAGCGAGCUGCCAAGGCCAUCCAAGGAGGAGACCCGUAUAAUGCCCUGAUGUCUCAAGUUAGCACUUGCCUAGAGGAGCAGCUGUACAUUCAAGUUGCUCAUGAACUGCAAGAUGGUGAUCAUCUGAAAAACGAGUCAGCCCUGGUUCUGGGUCACAUCAAGAAUGGAGUGAUGAAUUUGCUGGAGGAAAGGCCAGCUAUGAAGGAGAAAUUACAAGCCUUUUUUAACCAGCCCCUCCCUGCAGACUUGAGAAGUCUCACCUGGAGGCUCUACCUGCCUAAUACCAAAGUUGCAGCACGAGCCCUGAGGAAUAUCAUCUCUUAUUACCAUAAACUUCAAGGCACAGCCACAAAUCUGCCUGACACAAGCUAUUUUUUACUGCUGCCUCUGCUGCAAGUCGUCCUAGACGCUGCUGCCCCCGGCCUAUCUUUGGACUCCAUUUCUGCUGUUCUGGCUGAAGAGUUUAUCACAUUCAUGAACCUUCAACCUCAGUUAAUGAGGCUCUCCUCCACCAAGGAUCCCGCCAGCGGCAAUAUACUGGAGGAAGCAACCUCAAUGUUAGAGCAAAAGGACAGGGACCUGGCCAACAUCAUUCGAGGCAUUUACAGUCAGACAGCAGAGGAGCCUCAGGAACCUUUGCAGAGGGCAUUGCAGCACAUGCUCCAACCAGCCAUCAGUACCAUCUUUGUGGGCUACCUGACCAUGGAUACACUGCUUUAUGUCUGGGACCAGGUAAUCAUUGGACUUGACCAGCCAUCAUAUAACUGCCUCCCUGCAUUCAGCACAGCCUUCAUCUUAUUGCUUCAGGACUAUCUGAAGACAUGUCAGUCGCCAGGCCAGGUGGAAGCAGCUCUAAGGACUCAAGGGCCAAAUUUGUCUGUGCAAGAAUUUCAAGACAUGAUCAGAAAACACUUCUUCAGAGAACUCUCCAGCCAGCUACACAGAGAUGACAGUGACCCUUCCCAGUCCAUGAUCCCACACAAGCUUUCCCUCCCUGGAGCUACUUGUACAGAGUAUCCAUACCUCCAAGAACCAGACCUCAGGACAGAAGACAGGCAAGGUAGCUCCAGUGGGCAUUAUACUGUCACCUGCAUAUCACAGGGCAAGAGCUUUCUUACCAGGACUUUGAGUCAUAUUUAG